AUGGCCCCUGCCACCUCGGGUGGCCCCCUGUGGUCGCCUGCCCGUCGCGGGGCUCUGCCCGGUUACGAGACCGCGUUGCCUGCCGGGAGUUGUAGUUUCCUAUCCUAUCUCUUCACUUUCGCCACCACCACCACGCGCCUCCCGGUCUUGUCUCCCCUUGCGGUUACGGGACCGCGUUGCCUGCCGGGAGUUGUAGUCCCCCACCCUAUCCUAUUACUUUCCCCCACCCCGCGCCUCCCGGUCUUGUUUCCCGUGCCGUCACGGGAUAGAGCAGUCGGUGACAGCUCCAGUGCGCCCACACCGCUCCUAUGGCCCAGCCGGACCGAUUCAGACUCGGACACUGAGGGAGGAGCCACUGGCGGAGAGGUGAAAAUGGAAUUCCUACGGGACUUAUUCUCCCAUGCCCUGGGCUUGGGCUCCCAGAAAGAGCGGCUACUGGACGAGCUGACCAUUGAAGGAGUGACCCGCUACAUGCAGAGCGAGCGCUGUCGCGGGGUCGUCUGUUUGGUGGGAGCCGGAAUCUCCACGUCUGCGGGCAUCCCUGAUUUCCGCACCCCGUCCACUGGCAUCUACGCCCUUUUGGAGAAGUUCCACCUUCCCUACCCGGAGGCCAUCUUUGACAUUAGCUACUUUAAGAAACAUCCAGAACCCUUCUUUGCCCUCGCCAAGGAGGUCUAUCCCGGGCAGAUCAAGCCGACUGUCUGCCACUACUUCAUGCGCCUGCUGAAGGAGAAGGGGCUGCUGCUGCGCUGCUACACACAGAACGUGGACAUGCUGGAGCGAGUGGCGGGGCUGGAGCCCCAGGACGUGGUGGAGGCCCACGGCACCUUCUACACGUCACACUGCAUCAGCUCCUCCUGCGGACAGGAGUACGACCUGAGCUGGAUGAAAGAGAAGGUCUUCUCAGAAGGAGUUCCCAAGUGUGAGAAAUGUCAGAGUUUGGUCAAGCCUGAUAUCGUGUUUUUCGGUGAGACUCUCCCAUCACGUUUCUUCUCCUGCAUGCAGUCAGAUUUCGCAAAGGUGGACCUCCUCAUCAUCAUGGGCACCUCUCUGCAGGUGCAGCCCUUCGCCGCCCUCAUCAGCAAGGCACCACUGUCCACCCCGCGGCUGCUCAUCAACAAGGAGAAGACGGGCCAGACGGACCCCUUCCUGGGCAGGAUGAUGGGCUUGGGAAGUGACAUGGAUUUUGACUCCAAGAAGGCUUACAGGGACGUGGCCUGGAUAGGCGACUGUGACCAAGGCUGCCUGGCCCUCGCUGACCUCCUGGGAUGGAAGAAGGAGCUGGAAGACCUUGUCCGGAAGGAGCAUGCCCGCAUAGACGCACAAGCAGGCCCACAGGCCCCCAACCCCAGCACCACCACCUCCCCGGGAAAGUCCCCACCUCCUGCCAAGACCAGAGAGGGAGAGCAGCACCAGUGACCAGCACCUCCUGAGCCGGCAGCAGAGUCCCAGCCAGCACUGGUCCCCCUAACACGUGGCUUGUGUGGGGCUCAGUAUAUCCGUCAUUCUCUUAACUACUUUCUUUAAACCAGGGGUCCCAACUCAAUCCCAGAAAGUUCUAAUACACCUGAGGGCUGAGGCCUGUGCAGCCCAUCUCUUAACAGCCCGCAGCCUCUAACCACCCAGGGCAAAAAAGCAACCUACCCUAACUUCUAAGUACUCCUGGAGGUCAGGUUACCCCCCCCCCCAA